CACAAACGCUACUGGUCUUACGCCAAAACAUAGACAAACACUCGUCUAUUGCUUUGACAUAUUCUAAGAUUCUGUCAUAACAUUUAAAAAUGACAAAUUGAUAUUAGCUAGUUCAUCUUAGAAAUGACCGAAUGUUUAAAGGAAGGCAUCUCCUAAGACUGGAGCGGUGACAGGCGUUCUCGAUUAUGCGAUAAUAGAUAUUCCAGCAUAUCUUAAGUUAGAAUUCUCUAAAGCAGAGGGGAUAUUAGGAGCCAAAGAUCAAAGCACGUUUAAAUCACUGUGUGAAAGCCUAGACGCUAUCGUCGAAUCUGAAAUCAACUAUGAAGGUGCUCCAGGGAACCAAAACAUUCCGUUAUAUUAUCCACGGAAAGAUAACACAAACCUGAACAUCGAGAGCACUAUAAUGCCUGAUAAAACUCUAUCGAUACAGGUUUGCGAUUCAAACAGUGUUCAUGACUUUGCAGACAAUACUACAACCGAAAAGGAAUUAAGCAUUCCAAAUUUGAAAACUCUUAUUGAUGGUUCGUGGAAAGAAAAUGCUGACAAAGACGAAUCUUAUUCCGCUGGAUACAUUCCAAAGCAUUUUAGUAGCCCCAGACCGAUGUAUAUGCAAGAUAAUUUUGUAUUGAUGUCCGAUUCUAAGGUUCAUAACUGUCUUGAAAAUUAUGAAAACAAACUAGAAAAUACAAAUAGUAGUAGUAGUUCGAAUUCCACGCUUCCUCAUCGAUCGCGAUCGUCAUCGACAUCUUCUUCGACAACUUUAGUCUCUAAGGCAACUGAUAAAAAAUUGUUUUAUAAAAAGGCUAGCAGAAGAACCAGUGUACCACAUAGGUUUAAAUAUGAUAAGAAAGAAGCGCUGCAAGGCGACGAUGAAGAUUACACUUCUGACCCAGAAAGAUAUCAUAACAAACAAUCGGCAGCAGCAGAAGAUGAUAGGCCUAUAUUCCCGGGUCUUUUUAAAAGUUCAGGCUUAAUGAAGAUGAAUAAAGAAGCGUUUAAGGUAGAUACAUCAAACAGUCAAACAAGUAACGAAGGCGUAUUUACACCUACUACUGAAUAUGAGUUAAACGAAAAGGGAAAGAAGGUGAAAAUGAAGAAAAAGAAAGAGAAAACGAAAGGAAAAAUAAAGAAAGAAAAGCGGAUAUCGAAGAUCCAGGACCUUCCCAAAUCUUUGGAGGCAAUGAAUGUAAAUCAGGUUAUAGAUAUGUUAACUAUUUUAAAGUUAGGCUCCUAUUCACCAACCGUUGCUAUUGAAGGGAUAGAUGGAACAAAAUUGAAAGCCAUGCGAACGACAGAAUUUGAGACUAAGAUUGGUAUGAACGCGCAAGAUGCAAAUAAGCUUGCAGCAUUUUGCCUUGAAAGAUUUUGAACCCUAUAUGGGCCUAUUGUACAAUAAAUAUCAACAUAAUAUGUUUUCCCUAAAUCUAUACUCGUCAUGCUUAUCAUCUUAUUAUUAAUUACGUUUGUCAUAUUACUUACUUUCAUCAUUUUUCAUCAUGGAGUUGUUAUUUAGAUAACAACUCCCUGCUUUCAUAAUUGCACUAGUCUAUAUGUACUAUGGAAUAUUUCUUAUUUUUAAUAUAAUUACUUUAUUUGGUACGUAUUUCGUUUCUUCGCGUGCUUGCUUAUAAGUUUGUAUUAAUAUUUAAUUUGUCAAUUUUGGCAGGUUGAUAGUAUAUUAUAGCUUGCUUCUUUGUUAUGUAUUUAAUAUUAAUUUUAAAACGUAAUAUAAUAGUAUGCUUGUAAUUUUAUAUUACUGUAUUAUGUCGUCUCUAUGUUUAUAUUUUUGAAAACUGUAUAGUAUUUUUUUAUAAUCAGAUUAUCGUUUUUGUAUUCUAUUGUGUUUUACAUUUUUGUUAGUUUUCGAUGACAUUAGAAUUAAUUAGUCUUUUUAUAAUAACUAAUUUAGCGCAUAUCCUUCAUAUAUGUGCCUCAUUUAAUAAUAUUUAAUAUUGAUAUAAUAUUGACUUAAAUCGCUAUGCAAAUUAGUUAUACAAUAUAAGGCUAUAAUAGAACUACAAUAUAUGUAUUAUUAUUAUUAUUUUAAUUAUUAUUAUUAUUAUUAUUAUUAUUAUUAUAUAUUUAAUGCUCGUGGUACACGACGUAGAUAAUUUGUAUUAUUGUUGUUGUCGUUGUUAUUGUUUA